GAGAAACCGAGGCAGUUUCAGCUCCGGGGAAAGAUAAAAGCGCAAAAAAAGAGAGUAGCCGAAUCCUUUGGAGUUUCGGAACCUUUGCUUUUAUUCUAAGCGACGCUCGCUAGCCACAGCCAGGCGCCCCCCAUGACCCUGAACCGCGGCGACAAACUGAGAUACCUGGACAAGCGGCGCGGCAGCAUGCCCUUCGCAGCCCAUCAUCCGCAGCAUCACCACCAGCAACAGCAGCAACCCCUCCAUCGGCGCAGCAUGCCGGUGGACGAGCGGGACCUGCAGGCUUCGCUGCCGCCUUCGCCCCGGGGCCAGCUCUCCGGCCUGAUGCGCUGCACCUCGUACAACCCGGGCCAGGAGGAAGAGGAGGAGGUGCAGCGGCAGGGCUGGGCUUCCGACUCUUCCGAUUCGGUCAUCUCCUCCGGCAGCGAUUCGGAAGGCGGCCUCUACAAGGUGAUGCUGUUGGGUGAGCACGGCGUGGGCAAGACCAGCCUGGCCAGGAUCUUCGGGGGCGUGGAGGACAGUCCCGACGCCGAAGAAGCAGGCAAUACAUACGACAGAUCUAUUAUAGUUGAUGGAGAAGAAGCGUCUCUUGUGGUGUUUGACAUAUGGGAGCAGGAUGAAAGCCAGUGGCUUCAGAACCAUUGUAUGAAGAUGGGUGAUGCUUACAUUAUCGUCUAUUCAGUGACCGAUAAAGUCAGCUUUGAAAAGGCUUCUGAAUUGAGGAUUCAGCUACGAAGGGCACGGCAAACCGAAGACAUUCCUAUCAUUCUUGUCGGAAACAAAAGCGACUUGGUUCGAUCACGGGAAGUCUCGGUAGAUGAGGGACGGGCUUGUGCUGUUGUCUUCGACUGCAAGUUUAUCGAGACCUCGGCCGCACUUCAUCACAACGUCAAAGAUCUCUUCGAGGGGAUCGUCCGGCAGAUUCGGCUACGCAAAGAUAGCAAAGAAGACAACGCCCGGAGAAUGGCCAACACAAAGAGGAGAGAAAGCAUCAGUAAGAAGGCCAAAAGAUUCCUUGGGAAAAUGGUGGCCAAAAACAACAAGAAGAUGGCCUUCAAAGCCAAAUCAAAGUCCUGCCACGACUUAUCGGUACUUUAAAAAAAAAAAAAAGCCCCGUGGCAAAAUUAGAAGUAUGUGCGUGUGUGUGGGUGUGUCGUGAACCGGUCUCUGCCAGUUAAAAAGUGAGGAAAAAGGACCUUGUGCGAAACGACAGAACGGAGGGAAGUGGCUUCCUUCAUGCCUUACAGUUCCUACUAAGAAAGGACCUACUACCUACUACCGCUAGGAGAGGAGAUUACAGGACCUUCAUUGUUAGAACUAUUUCUAUCCUUCAGCAAAAGAACUGAUCUCUAAAAAUAAUAAUAACAAUAAUAAUAAUAAUUCAGCAGCUUUGUAACCCCUUCGGCUUCGGCCUCACUGUGUAAAAUUGCUAGCUUUCCUGUGGAUAUCAGGGAAUCAAAAGGGAACGCAUGAUGACACGGAAAAGAAGCGAAGGAAAAAUAAUAAUAAGUAUCGCCGUAAACGUAUCUCCUUGGCCGAGCAAAACUUGAACCAUGUACGCAGGUUCGUACACACUUCUCUUGGGCGGGGUGGGAGUCUGCAUUUCAAUGAGACGGUUCAAUUUCAAAGGCAAUUUAACCAAAUCACUGCAGACAUGGGCUUCUAUAUCAGGUGGAAGCAGCCAAGCUGUUUUCAUCUGAGCUUCGGUUUUUGGAGUUUGUAUUUCAAAAGUGCCACUGGGGAGGGUGGGAGAGGGAAUAGAUGCUCAAGGAAAUGAGCUGUGUCUCCAGAAUGGGACCUCAAAGGGUAUUUCAUGAUUGCUGGCCCAAAGUGACUUACCAAAGGUUACCCAGGAGAUAGAUCUAUAUCUAUAUAUCUAUCUAUCUAUAUAUAUAAGCAAUUAUUUUUUAGAAGUUACAUGUGGUUGGAGGGUGGGUGGACUUCAAAGAGUUGUUGGAUGGAGAGAGAAAAAAUAUAUAAUAAAUUACCAUUUUGGGAAGUUGAUUUGCACUUUCUUUAAAUGUUUGUUACUUGUUUACAUGCAGAUUUUAUAAUAAAGUAUUUCUGGUUACUAUAGAA